UUUUGGCGGGUACGGACGACUUCAACAAAAACGCAAUAUCGAUAAAGCGAGGAAACAAACAAACAUGGCUGAUCCAGGCGAUACGGUCGAGGCUUUACAGAGUUUGAAAUUUUGUGGUCUUGCUGAAGAUUAUGUGGCCUGUGUGUGGGACACUGAUUUCCUCGACAUUGAACCCUUACCACCAGAUUUAGAAGAAGAUAUCAAAUCGCACAAUAACUUCACAGAUAAAUUAGCAAAAGUUCUCUCUGCACUCACGCCGUGGUCUAGAAGUGGCCGUGAAUCCAUUCCCCAAGGAUUCUGGACAGCCUUAGGUGACAAUGACUUGUCGCAUCGAUCACUCAUCGCUCUGCUGUAUUAUUUUAUUCAUUCUGCGGACAAACAUAAAUCAGAUAUCUAUCAAAAGGAAGCUGCAAUUUACGCAGCUAAUGUAUAUUUUGUGCUGAUAUCCAUACCAGGAUGUGCAGCUUACAAUGUAUUUCACCCUGUGCUGUUUCAAAAAGCAUUAGAUGUGUUAAAGUUAUGGCCAGACGCUGUAGGUGGAAAGCGUAAACGCAAAGAUGCACUGGUUACAUCAUCUCAGGGAGGUGGUAGGAAAGGACGUAAACAUCCGAGAAGACAAGAAGACGACAAUGUAAUACAAGAGGAUUUUGAUUCUGAUAACGAUGAUUCCAUAGCUGAGCUUACUCCACAAGAUAUUAAUGUAAUAAAACGAAGAUUGUUGCACCUGACGAGGGAACUUGUUCGACUUUUGAAAAGUUUCUCCAUGAAGGAGCAUGCUCAGGUGAUUGACCAUUUGUUUCUGGCUUUAAUGGAACUAAGCAAAAUCGAUGGUGAAUUUAUGGAUGGCAACUUCAGCACUGAUUGCGAUAUCAAUAAAAUAUCAAGUGUCAGUCAGUUGGCAUACAUGGCUUUCACUAUAUUGUGUACACAACUUCAUGGUCCAGUCAAGGACAUGCUGAUAAAGACGUUUUAUACGCUAAUGCCGAAUAUUCUAAUGUUGAUUGGAGAGAAUAAAGGUGUUGCUGCUGCUACAAUACCAAGGUCCUUACAGAUGAUAAAAGAUCAGGCUGUAGCAUAUAUCUGCCAUAUGAUUGAAUUGCAAGGAAAAAUUGCUCUGACUCCUGCUCGUACUCUGCUCCAGAAUGUGUGUUUCAAAGCACCCGACAGAACAGAGUACAGAAGCAAAAUAGCAGAAGCCGUUGUGAAGAUACUUGAUGAGUUUCCUGAUGUGGAAUAUGCCAGCUUUCUGCAGUGGUUAGUGAAAAUGUCCAGGCAAGAAAAGACUGGACACUGCACAUUUGCCAUUGAGACAGCUGGUGUCUUGUUAGAAAAACCAGUGAGAAAACCAGAUGAAAAUAUUUCUGCAGAAGAUGCCAAGUUUUUAUCACACCAGUUUCUGCUUCAAGAGAUCAUCCUGUCCAGAGUGUCCGAUAAAUCACCGGUAGUUCGUGCCAAGGCGCUGUCAUCUUUUGCUCAUUACGCUGCAUCCAGUGAUCCAAACAUACAGCAAGUCAUGAGAGAAGUAUUCACACCUGCUCUGUGUACACCAACUAUCAUGGCAGGACCUGCUGCCAAGUUCAAAAAUAUUGAGAGAAUGAAGGACACACCACAGGUAUUAGUCAAUGGAAAAGAACUAACAACACCAGAUAACCAGACUGCCACACCCACAAACCAAGCGACAUCGCCAGGUAUCCAAGGAGGUACCCCCAACAUUUUAACUCCUACAAUAUCAGACGGAUCAAUCGGAAACAAUUCAGCUGCUAAAGUAAUGUUAUCGAUGCUGAGACGAAGAGCUGUUGAUGUCAAAACUGGCGUGAGAAAAUCAGCAAUUCAGGCGCUUGAGAGUGUGAUCAGACUUGACAUGUCCAAUAUCUCAAAAGAGGAUAUCCAAGUAAUCCGAACUAGAUGCCAAGAUACUGCUUUAUCUGUAAGAAAACAAGCUAUGACUUCACUGACUGCGCUGCUACUAGACAAACCAGACUCUGCUUUGUUACAUAGUUUUUGGUUAGAUGGAGUUGUUCCGAUGGUAGGAGAUAAUGAAUCCAGCUGUCAGGAGAAGUGUCUGGAUAUCAUGGAAGAUGUGUUGAUUCGUAACAUUGUACCUCUAAAUAAAAGCACAACGCCGCAUCAUAAGAUGGUGUGGGAUAUAUUUAACUUUAUUGCAGAAAACGAGCAGCUGGAAGAACGGCACUUUCUGCAGAAGGCUUGCAAGCAUUGGUCCAAGCAGAAGAAAUUGACGCCUAAGUUGAUACAAUCUCUUGUGACCCAUGCUAACAGCCAGCAUGGAUCGGGAGCAUGGGUGCUGCUGGCCAGUAUAGCAAAACACUGCCCUAAACUAGACCAGUCAUUUAUAUUUAAUUGUUGGGAUGACUUCAAAUCUGGUAAAACUGAAGUCUCCUCGUCCACCUUAGUUCAUGUGGUUACUGUUAUUGGUUGCAAUGCCAAAAAUCUUGAUGAAGAAUUGGUUAGGAAGUUGAUAAAGGAUUUCAAAAGUUUACUUAGAAAGUUUUCGUCUCCUCCUGAUGUUACAACUGCCAUUGUUGAUUCGCUUUGUCAGUUAUGCAAUUCUCAAGUGAAGUCUCCGGAAGAAGGUAGAAAGUUGAUUGUUGAAUGGUGUGUCGAUAUCAUGUCAGACUGUGACCAAUUUUGCUCCAGUAUCUUGCUGUCGGAGAAUCCUGCUGAUUUUGACGAAGAUAAACUCAUUACUUAUAUUUACACUCUGGGAGAAGUAGUACAGUUGGCUGCCGAGAAAGUGAGUAAACGAGUCCAGACGUUGGUGCUCUCUGUCCUUGCUGGAUCUAAAGUCACAGCAACUUUACCAAGCCAGGCUUCCCAGCCAUCAUCACAGACACAGUACCCACUGUCACAGCUUCAUAAUUCUAAGCUGUCUGAUAAGGUACAAGCGUUUGCACUCAUUACUCUUGGAAAAAUGUGUCUGGUGGAUGAUAACCUUGCAAAACAAGCCAUUGCACCAUUAGCUAAGGAGCUAGAGGUGUCAUCUGCUGCCUCUAUUCGAAAUAAUGCUGUCAUCAUUCUUUGUGAUCUCUGUGUAAGGUAUCCAAAUUUAGUUGAUCGAUAUGUUCCAAACAUAGCAGUGUGUGUUAAAGAUGAGAGUAGCAUGGUGAGACAACAGACACUAUUUAUGCUUACACAUUUACUUAAGGAGGAUUUCAUUAAAUGGAAAGGGUCCUUGUUUUUCCGAUUUGCCUCUGCCCUUGUUGAUGACGUUGAUACAAUCAGUCAGUUUGCUGAAUUUUCUCUUGGUACUUUGCUAAUUAAGAGACAUCCCAAUAUGUUCUUCAAUCAUUUCUUAGAGUCUGUCUUUCAUUUCAACCAAUAUGCGCUGCAUAACAUGUUUAACAAGUUUCCUCAAACUGAGAGGGAAAAGAAACUAUUCUCCCUAAAGGGUAAAGACAAAAGUGAUAAACGUAUGAAGAUUUACAAAUUUCUACUGGUGCAUAUGACUGAUGAUCAGAGAUUUCAAAUGAUGUCAAAGUUAUGUCAAGAGGUACUUGGUUCUGUUGCUGAUAACCUGAUGCCGUAUGACGAAAACUCUUGUAAUCUGUUGAGGGAUUCCUUAGCAAUUCUCGCUUCUAAGGAGAUCAAAUUAACGUCCCUGAGAAGCAAAGCAAGUGACGAUAUGGAUGAGGAGGUUGCUGAUGUGGCAGGUGUCGCUGAACAGAAAAUAAAAACAACUAUUAUCAGUCAUGCUGUGAAAAAGAAUGUCAUGGAAAACAUUGUACCAAUCAUCAUCACACUCAAACACUUGUUGGAGAAACACAGAUCACCUUUGCUGAAGGACUUGAUGCUUCAUUUAGCAGAAGUUAUGAAAGACUAUAAAAAUGAAAUCAAAGAUAUUCUUGCUGCAGACAGGCAACUGGCAAGUGAGAUAGAGUAUGAUAUGCGCCGGUUUGAAGAAGAAGAAAAAGAGAAACAAAGAAAGGAGAAAGAGAGAGCUGAGAGAAGAAGUCCAGCAAUUACACCGAGAGUGACGCCACAGCAAGUAAGUACACUUCUAUGCGCUUUAGGUACACCGGUAUUCAGACAGCCAUCCACCAUAGCCAAAUUGAACACUAAUCCUGCUACACCACAGUCAGUCAACAGGCAAGCUCAUAUGAGAAAACUGCCACUACACCUCUCCGCCAAGAAGGUAAUUGAAGAAGUACAAAAGAGACGUUGUAAAAGUCUAUCAGAUAUGGCUAUACGUGGUCGUGGCAAAUCACUAGGAUUCCGAUCACCUGGUGCUGCUGCUGAAUGCAAGGCUGUAUCAGCUCCUACAUCACUACUGCAUAAUGAUUUUAGUGGGAAGGGUGAAGGAUUUGAUGAUGAAAACGUGUGCCCUAAAGAAAUAGAAGUUGACUUGGAUAGCAAGACUCCAGAAAAAGUUUCAAAACCACAACCUAGUUCUCUAGCAAUCAGAAAGUUGCCUGAACCUAGCUGCAGAGCUAUCAGCACCCCGGAUAGAACAAUUGCUGAUAUAACGUUUCGAGGAGAUAGCAGCCAAAUGGUGCCACUAUCACCAAUACCAACAUCAUUACCAGCAAGGUUGUAUAGUACCAGCAAUCCAAGGGAUAAAAAUGUUCCAGGAACUCCAAGUUUUUUACCUCCACUUCAAUCUGAUAACACUGGUAGGAUCAUCCGAAACACUGAUGUCAUUGCAAUGUUUUCUCCAGAACACCCAAUGCCCCCGCCAAGAAAAUGGAAUGUAACGCCGAAAGCAGAUCGUCAAAAAACUAGGUCAUCAACUUCAGACGAAUCAGGAUCUUUGGAUGUUGAUAAAACUUCUGGUCGUCGUUCGGCGAGGCAGUCAAAUCGUUCAAAGUCGCAAGCAGAUUCAACUGAGAGACGUUUAGUGCGACCAAGGAGAGGACUGAUUAGUCCUGACUUUUAAGUAUUGUGUACAAAAAUAAACAUGAAUUUGAUUUAUUACAAUAAA